CGCCCGUCCCGCCGGGGCUGCCCGCGGAGGGACCGCACCCCGCGCCGCGGGACCUUGGCUUUGCCCUUCGCUCGGCAGGUGGCGGGGCCAGCGGAGAAGGAUGCGUGUCUUCCCGUGGGGAUUUUGGCUGCUGUGUGUCGCCUCCGCCCCGGCUCGCGGUGACAGCGGCAGCAAGGCGAGGAGCUGCGCCGAGGUCCGGCAGCUGUAUGGAGCCAAGGGCUUCAGCCUCAGCGGCGUGCCCCAGGCCGAGAUCUCCGGGGAGCACCUGCGAAUCUGCCCACAGGGCUACACCUGCUGUACCAGCGAGAUGGAGGAGAACUUUGCAAACAAAAGCCGAAGUGAAUUUGAAGCCAUGAUGAAAGAGGCUGGUCGCUCUGUGCAGGCCAUCCUAACAGCACAGCACAGGAGCUUUGACAGUUAUUUCCAGGAUUUGUUGAACAAGUCAGAGAAGGCCCUUCAUGAUGCCUUUCCAAGCCUGUACGGAGAGUUGUACACUCAGAACGCGAAGGUGUUCAAGGACUUGUACAGCGAGCUGCGCCGCUACUACCGCAGCUCCAACAUCAACCUGGAGGAGGCCCUCAACGAGUUCUGGACACGGCUGCUGGAGAGGCUCUUCAAGCUGCUGAACCCCCAGUACCACAUCACAGACGAGUACCUGGACUGCAUGGUCAAACACGCCGAGCAGCACAAGCCCUUCGGGGAGGUGCCCCGGGAGCUGAAGCUGAAGGCGACACGAGCCUUCAUCGCGGCGCGCUCCUACGCGCAGGGCUUCCUGGUGGGCAGCGACGUGGUCAGAAAGGUGUCCCAGGUGUCCCUCAGCCAGGAGUGCACCCGCGCCAUCAUGAAGCUGAUGUACUGCCCGCACUGCCGCGGCAUGGCCAGCGUGAGGCCCUGCAACAAUUACUGCCUGAACGUCGUCAAGGGCUGCCUGGCCAACCAGGCCGACCUCAGCACCGAGUGGAAGUACCUGAUGGAUUCCCUCAUGGGGGUGGCCGACCGCAUCGACGGGCCCUACAACGUGGACACUGUCAUAGGCACCAUCCACAUGAGAAUUGCUGAAGCCAUCUCCAACCUGCAGGAGAACAAGGAUUCCAUCACAAGCAAGGUGUUCCAAGGCUGUGGAAAUCCCAAAAUCAGCACAAAAGGCUCCAGUAGUGAGGACAAGAAGAGACGGGGGAAGGUGACAUUGGAGGCCAAGUCCUCUGCCCAGGCCCUGGAGAUGCUGGUUUUAGAUGCCAAAGGGAAUCUGACAGCUCUCAAGACAUACUGGAUCACCCUGCCCAGCAGCCUGUGCAGCAAAAAAGUAAUGGCCAGCUCAGCUUCAGAUGACAGAUGUUGGAAUGGGAUGACCAAGGGCAGUUACCUGCCCGAGGUGAUGGGGGAUGGCCUGGCUAACCAGAUUAACAACCCCGAGGUGGAGGUGGACAUCACCAAGCCGGACAUGACCAUCCGCCAGCAAAUCAUGCAGCUCAAGAUCAUGACAAACCGCCUGGGCAACGCCAACAUCGGCAACGAUGUGGACUUCCAGGACACCAGUGAUGACAUGAGUGGCUCCGGGAGCGGGGACAGCUGUCCUGAUGACGUCUGUGGCAAAAGACUUUCUAAGAGCCCCAGCACCAGGCAGCCAGAAACACACGCCAUUCCUAAGCAGUCCGGACACGGCGUCCAUGGGGCCAGCAGCAGAUCUUUGCCUUCUGCCUCCCUCCUCCUCCUCCUCCUGCUGCUCUGGGUGGCUGCCUCCGCCCCGCAGCACUUGUGGCGGUAACUCGCUGGCACAGCCAGGACACAGACUGCGGCUGAGGGCUUCACUUUGCCAAAACCAACCAACCAACAACCAACCAACCAAAGGACGUAUUUAAUUCACCUUGGCAAAAAAAAAAAGAAAAAAAGGAAAAAAAAAAGGAGGAGAAAAAGGUUUUCAGAAGGUUUCAGUUGUUUGCUAUUUCUGGCAGUGCUCGAGCUGUUUUCUUCUUUCUAGGUCUUUCCCCAAUGCUGGGCCCUUCUUUCCAUACCUCAUUGUUUUACUUUUGUUAUUGCCACAAACUGGCUCCUGGGGCUGGAGCCAGCCUCUGCAGAGAGCUCGGGGAGCCGGGCCGAGCCCUCGCGGGCAGCUGUGCUGCUGCUCGGUGGAAUAUGCAAUUGCCCCGCCCCUGGCCCGCCGGGAUCUCGGCACGGCCCGUGCUGCCUCAGGGGCUCGCUGGGCUCUUCCUCUGUGCUUCCUAGCUGGGCAGAGACGGCCCUUCACCUCCGGUGGGGUACACAGGAGCGUGAGCAGCUUUGCUGGGUCGAACUGAACGAGUUUGGCAGCGGCUGUUGGACCCAAAAAUGCAGAACUCGCUUUUCUUUGGAAAGGUCACAAGUGGGUUUCUUGACUAGAGCUCGUAGCUGAGGACAAUUUGAAAUGUAGGUUUCCUACAUCUACGUGACUGGGAAUGAGUGUUAGGGGUUGGGGUUUGGGUACUUUUUCUUUGCAUGCUAGUUGGAAAGCCAUUUUUUACCCAAGUAAGAAUGGUCCAAUUUGUACCUGCAGUGCAGUACCAUUGUGGGUAACAGAGAGAUGCAGAUGUGCACAGUGGGAUUCUCUGUGUGACAGACACUUGUGCUGCCUCCUCCUUCUCUGGCCCCAGCCAUAGACAGGAAUGCAGGUUUUUUCUUGGUAAUGAGAGAGACCAGGGACAUUUUACUCACUGGAGCUUUGGGACUGGUUGUGCCCCUUCAAGCAGCUGCCUUAGGGCAGAGAGGGGCUGCUGGGGACCACCAUGGGCCCUACCCAGGGCACUGGCUCGGGGGAAUGUGAGAAAAGGAAACAUUUUGUUUGGGAUUUCUUUUUACCUUUGGUGUUUGUUUCAGUUGUACUGUAGGUUUUGAAUGGAUUCCCACUUUCCCUGUUCCUUCCCCAUCAUCCAGUUCACCUUCCCUAGCCCCUGCAGGCACGGGCUGAGCCAGCAGGUCAGACACCCCUGGCAGCUCUGUUUGGGCUCAGGGGAGGGCCAGGCUCACCCUUUGCUCCCAUCCCACCACUCACAGCCUUUGGGUGAUGCUGCCCUAAGCCCAGAUUGCUCAGUGGGGCGGGCUCUGGGCCAGGUUUGAGACUGGGGCUGGUGGGUGAAGUCACAAAUGUCCUCCUGUAGCUGUAGGAGUGUCUGUGCUUGUUUAGGGCUGUGUGCUGGGGCUUCCAGAGGCUGCUGUGCCUGGUGGGCAGCAGGCCUGGGCUGGAGCCACGGGUGUAGCAGAGGCUGGAACAGCACAGUCCCUGUGGCUGCCUGGGCCAGCAGCACUCACAGCUCCAGACAGGUUUGUGCUGGGCUGAGAGGAGGGCACAGCUGGGCUGUCUCCUGCUUUUGCACAGCAUCUGAGCAUUUCUGCUCUGCCUUGCCAGAGGAGAUGUGCCUUUGGGCUGAGCAAACAUUUGGGGUUGGGGUUUGGCUGUAAUGGAGGUUUUUCCCCCUUUUCUAAGAAAAACCUCAAUUUUUAACAUUAGCAGUUCCUGAAGUGUGCAAUUUAGGGAAAAAUGAGGACAUGAGCAAGGUAAUGCUGAAAGCCAGUUCAUUCCCUGCCCUCCCUGGGGCACUGAGGGUGCCUCAGAAUGGGCAGAGCUUUUAGGCCAGCUCUGGCAGCCUCUCCAAGCCACAGUGACCAAUGUCACAUCCUUUCUGCCUUGGCCUCACCUCCCUGAAAGGCAAAAUCCCUGACCUGAUCUGGCUGGGUGUCAGAAAUGAACACUGGGUGCUGGACAAUGGCUGAAGGACAGACAGUGCCACUACACCCAUCAGAACCCUGCAGAGGAUCAAUGUAAGCAGUGGUUUUGUCUAGAUUUAUUUGCUGCUAGACAUAUGGCAAAUUCACAUGAUUUUGACUGCUCUAAAGAGUUCCUCUCUUUUCUUUUUAAAAUUUUAAAUCAGAAUUGCAAAUACAAAUUUAACCUUCAGUUCCAACAAUCCCCACAACCAAUUCUGCAGAAGCUUUAUAUCCAAAGGGGAAAAAAAAAAGCUGGGGGGGAGGGAGGAAAAAUUAAAACAUUGUAGUCUUAUUCUCAUCAAAACACAGCUGGGUUGGGGCUUUAACACCUGGAUGCUGAGGUCAAUGGGAGAAUGGGAGCUUGAAAGUCACUUCCAUUUCUGUGCAAUUACUUUUUGCUGUUUGCCUGUUAUCCUCAAGAGCUUCUUAUGGGCCCCUUCACAUUUUAAUGUGAAGCCAGGAAUUUACUGAUUAUCUAGUUAGUAUUUUAACAGUUUAAUAGCCCCAACUAGUGGUUCUGUUACAAGAUAAAAACCUGAUAGUGCAAAUUAAUAAGGCAAAGCCUCAAAGAAACUGUAAAAUCUGUUCUGCAGGGGAAACCCUUCCUGAAGCCUUCCCCUCUGAGCUGGGCUGAGCUGCCACUCCCCAUCCCUGGUGGCCCUGAGGGUGGCAGCUGCCACCUUGCACAGGCCAGGCCAGGUGA